AUUAUUAGCUUUAAGGUGGCCAGAGUGGAAUAAGUAACAUUGAUUAUUAGCUUUAAGGUGGCCAGGAUGGAAUAAGGAACAUUGAUUAUUAGAGUUAAGGUAGGCAGAAAAGGAUGAGUAUGGGCUUAAUAAAUUAUUUACAAGUAUUUAAAAUGAAUAAAAAUUUUGCUAUUAAAUAGCAAUUUUUAAUUGGAUUGUUUUGCUAUUUUAGUCUGUUAUCAAGAUGACUGGAUUUCGGAGCUUAGGAGAAGAUGAACCAAUUGAGUUUACGUGUCGACCCUCAGACAAGGGUGUCGAGGCGACAUAUGUGUGUGGGCCUGAAGACUCUGAAUGCAAGGGAAGCAGUCGCAGGCCAAUGUCAAGGAAAAAGUUUCGAAGGAUGAGGUAUGGGGUGUAUUUUUUAAAAUUUGAUAUCAAGGGAAAAGUUUUGAAGAAUGGAGUAUGGGGGUUUAAUUUUAAAUCCAAUGUCAAAGAAAAAGUUUUAAAGAAUGAGGAAUGGGGUGUAUCUUUUAAAAUUCAAAAUCAAGGAAAUACUUUUGAAGAAUGAGGUAUGGGAUGUAAUUUUUUAAAUAUCGAAGAAUGAUCAAUGGUGG